AUGGCGGUUCACCAGGCGGUUGAUGAGAUAUCGGCUGCAACAGGGGAUGCUCUUCAUAAGAUUGAAAAAAAGCCGAUUUUGCAACAAAUUUUGAUUGGCGCCACUUCUGGAAUGGUCACUGGAUACGUUUUGACUAAGAUAGGUAAGACAGUUGCAUUCUGUGUGGGCGUUUCAGCAAUUGGCCUGCAGUUUUUCGUCAAUCGUAAUCGAAGUGCUGAUGAAUGGAAAAAGAUUGAAGAUGACGCGCAUGAAAUACUCGAAAAAGUCGUUCCAACUGCUAAGCAGAACAAAGCUUAUUCGAAAAAGGGGGGGUGGGUUGCCUCACAAGUCGGAGUUGGUGCCCACGGGCGUUGGCGCUUUAGAGCCCUGCUUUCGCUCGCAGCACGGAUUCGGAAUGGGGGUCUUGGUGUUCUGUCUCCUGAUCAUCCCCGAAUUGGGCGUACGCGCGAUCAAAGGUACAAAUGCAAAGCUCCCUGCUGUUCUGGAUUCAGUUAUUCACUUGGUGCACCGUGUACCCUCUGUGGGAGGUUGAUUUCCGUUAGCGGAUCAUCGGAAUCAUCACAAGUCGUUUCAGAAAGGCAUCACGUGGAACAAGUUGGUACUAAGAGGCGUCUUAUAGAGAUAUCUGUGAGUAUUUCGGAUAGCCCGUGCACUUUUCCAUUGGCUGUUGUGAGCCUUGGAAAAACGAGCGUCUUCGACGCAAAGGAAAAUUUGUGCACUAUAACAAGCAAAUCAAUAUCCUUCGGGGCCAAUGUCCAUGGUAGUCUUCCAUAUAAUGAGCUAUUUUUAGGUGUUUUCGUCCCUCUCGCCGUUAAAGCUGACGAGGUCGAGGAGAUACUCUUUUGUGAACAGCUUAAAGUUAUAUUUUUGAUCCUGAAUAUCACGAGCAUGAAUCGUAUUUCCGAAUCUCUAGGCGUUACUCAUCAUUGUAAAGAUGAUAAGAAGAGGCGUGUUGUCAUCGUCCUCGAAGAAAAGUCACUUCGAAAUCCUUUCGAUUGUUCCGUCAUCCCUCGGUGUUUGACAUCGCCUCAGCUGGAAGCUUUUUGUACUAAUGUUCGGCUGAUGGGUGGUGUCUCCAUGACCGAUGUGAAACCCUCCACUGCUCAAAGCAUUUUAGUGGCGUUCGGACUGCGUCUCACGCGCAGCCAUCCUAACGAAACUACCCGUGAGGUUUCCACAGUGAAUCUUUCUGGAAACGCCUUAUCCGACUGUCCGGUUGUUCGACGUUCGUCGAAUAUGCCUCUUGCACUGCAUCCUAGUGGAGCUGGAGAUUCGGACAAUCUUGUGGUUUUGAGUGACGAUGAAUCUGAUUGUGAGAAUGAUGAUAAUAAUGGUGCUUCGUCCAACGUUACACAUGAACCCACCUCUGCAGAUGAAGUUACUUCGAUUAACGGCAAAGGCAGCUUUGUCUAUCAUCCACCUGGAUCAAAGGAUGGUAUUCUCUUAACUGAAGCCGAUGUUGAUUGUCUCUCUCCUGGCGUCUUUCUCAACGAUACAAUCAUCAACUUCUACUUAAAGUAUCUAUACUUUGAACAAUUUUCGCCGCUGCAACGUCACGCCACCCAUCUCUUUAAUUCAUUUUUCUAUUCACGUCUCUGCUCUGCUCACUGUGAUAUCUCUCUCAAUCCUGAGUCCGCUGAUGAAGAUCUUCGGAUGUCUCGACAUGCCGCAGUAGCCAACUGGACACGACGGGUGGAUAUCUUCACGAAGGACUACAUCAUAAUCCCAAUAAACGAAAAUCUUCACUGGUUUUUGGGUCUCGUUUGUUAUCCUUGGAUGGUCGGAAUGGUCAGCUACACAAAACUCUAUGCGGACUACAGUUUUGAUCAGUGCCGUCUUAUACCCGACUUUGCAGACACGAACAACGUCGAGGCUUCUUUCAGUGAUAUUGGCAUUGAGGAGGUUAAGGCUUUGCCAACGGAUGAGCGAGGUGAGGCCUUUGACAGAUGGCGACGUAGGCGUCUGGCCUGGCUGCGUGGACGGGGUAUCAAUGCUAUGCCCUGUAUUCUUCUUUUCGACUCCAUCUCCGCUCAGCAGCGUAUCGGGAAUCUCCAUAUUAUUCGAAACUAUUUGCAGGCAGAAUGGGAUGUCAGGAGGAAGGAGAGGGAUGGUGAUAUGCUAUUUAACAAGGACACUGUUCGUGGAUUCAGUCCUCGUGUCCCAGGUCAGAGCAAUCUGGUGGAUUGUGGCAUUUUUCUGUUGCACUAUGUGGAGAUGUUUUUCAAGAGGCCUCUAAAAAGUUACACACGGGAGUUCUUCCAGAAUGAAAUGAGUCGGUGGUUCGAAAGCGAGAUGCUAGGGAAAAAACGGUCUGUUAUUAGCAAACUUAUCGAGCAAAUUUCGCGACGACCCUCAAAAUCCGACCAAAAUCCAUACAAGCGUCCAAUCCCCAUGCAAUGA